GUGAGAUGGUCGCAGAUCAUCUGUUUACCAUCCACGCGCGCUGUGCGUUGUGAAAUGGGUUCAAGUAAAUCAGUUUGUGUGUUUAUUGUAAGGUGUUUAUAAGUGUUUCACAACAAUGACGUGAGGCAUCAUAGUGUUUCGCUGCUGUUUAGAAUAUGGCAAAUAUAUGUGGCGAUGGUCUUGACCAGGAUAUGCACAUGAACUGCGUUAAAGGAAACCCACACAAUAUAGAAAUCAGUUAUAGUGAUAUAGCAGUGAAGCUGCUAAAGGACAAUUUAUUUUUGACUGCGUUAGAAUUGUAUACGGAACUUCUUGAGGCUGGACGGGAAGUUACGAAACUGAAGGAAUUUUUUUCGAACCCAGGAAACUUUGAACAGCAAGCUUACACAAAGCCUGACGUUGUAGAGAUACGCAGGUCAUCGAGUCAGGUAACUCUAGAUUCUCUGGAUAUAGGGCGUUAUUCAGAGGAUGGCGAAAGGGGUGUCGAUGAAAGAGUUGCAGUUCUCGAAUUUGAACUGCGAAAGGCCAAGGAGACAAUCAGUGCACUUAGAGCCAACUUGACGGUUGCUACAGAGUCUGAAGCAAACACGCCUGAGGGUUCUUCAGCUAACAGACAACUGCACAAUGAACCCAUUAAACCUCACGAGCAGAGAGCACUUAACUUCCUGUUGAAUGAAUAUUUGUUAACAUAUGGGUAUAAAUUGACAUCAAUUACAUUCUCUGACGAGAAUGAAAACCAGGAUUUUGAAGAUUGGGAUGAUGUAGGAUUGAAUAUUCCAAAACCAGCUGAACUGCUUCAGUUGUAUCGUGAGUUUAUGAGGCAGUCGGGCCAAAGGAAAGUGCUGUGCCAGAAUGUUGCCUGCCAAACUGAUGAACUUGACCUUGAGAAGGAAUCAAAACUACAAGACAUGGCAAUGGAAGUUGAACAACUUAAGGAGCAGUUAUCACUUAUGGACCAAGAAAAACAAGAGCUCCAAAGGCUGUGGACAAUGGACUCCAAAUUUGCAGCUGCAAAUGUAGAUGUUUCUAAUGUUACUACACCAGGAUCUGAUCUGGCUGGAAUUCUAACUACCUCAACAUCCCAUAGUGGGACACCGGAGUGUUUUGAGAUCUUGGAUGUAGAAACUAAAGAUGACUGUAGUGCAUUGCAAGAUGAAGAUGAUGAGUUACCUAUCAGCCUUACUGACACUGAUGCUGAAUGGACUCGAGUUGGAAGCACUUGUGGUGCGGAACCUGCAGAAACCUCAAGCAGACUGCAAAAUGAGAUGGCUUCUUCCAGUGCUGAAGCUGAAUCAGAAACUAAAGUCCUUUUAGACACCAGUACUUCAAGGUCAUUACCACCUGCAUUUCGAAAGGAAGUGUUAGUUCGCUGUUUUGUGGAUACAUCAAAACAGCAUGAGAGCCAGCCGUUACUGGCAGAGAUACCGGAGAAAGACAAUUUAAGUGAUUAUUUACUUCCUGUGUUAGGACAGACAUUGCCACGUGUCAUACCAAACAUUAUUCUUAACAAACGUGAGGAAAUAAUACCUCUUAUAGUCAUGACAAUUCAGCUUCAUCCAGAGGCAGACAGUAGAGAUAAGUUGUUAAAUCUGUUGUUCAACCUGAAGAAGAAACCUAAUGAAGAAGAGAGGUUAACAAUUAUUGCAGGCAUGGUGGCAAUAGCACAGUGCUCAGGGCCAGCCCUUGUGGAGACGGAAGUGCUUCCUCAGUGUUGGGAGCAGCUGAGCCACAAACACAUUGAAAGGCGGCUUUUGGUUGUAGAAUCUUGUAGUGCACUGGCACCGUAUGUUUCUAGUUCCAUUCGUAACUCCUUAAUGCUUUCUAUGUUGCAACAAAUGCUGCUGGAGGAUAAAGAAGAAACAGUGAGAGAAAGUGUUGUAAGAAGCUUAGCUCUGAUUAUAUUGCUUAUGGACGAUAAAGAUAAAUAUUUUCAGUGUGAGGAGCUCUCAAUGACUGCAUUGGAUGAUCCAGCAGCAAGUGUGGUGGCUAGUACAACAAACAUCUUGUUUCCAGUCCUGGCACAGUGGUCACUGGACAUAGGACGACUGCAUACACAUCUUCUCACCAGACUUCUUCAGCGGAUUCACAUCCAAGUGAAGAGCGCACCAAAUUCUCCAGGGACAGCAAUGCAAAAGAACGCAGAACAACGCCUUCUGUCCCCUGUAAUUGUUCUAAAGACUCUGGUGCCUUACAUUGUGAUGUCUGUAGUAGCAGUAAAUCCAGUCUUAGAGACCUUAGAUACUCAGGCUGCGAGCUCCAUUCGGUCUCGUUCAUUUAGGGCAGGGCAUGCUUUAACCAACCCAACAACAUUUCUAGAUAGCAAGCAUGAAAUACCAAUGGUUUUGGGAGCAUUUGAUGCAUAUGUUGACCAAGAAUGGUAUGAAGAAUGGCCAGAACUAGAAUGGAUCUUUGCACAGAUGAUACCAGAAGUUUUAGAUAUUGUCCAAGGUAUGGAAACCAUGAGGGAUGAUAUUGUCGUUGGCUUUGUGAAGUUAUUUAGAGAUUUAUGCAGUGGAUUUGGCAGUUCUAUUAUAAGACAGAAGGUUAAACCAUGCUUCAUUGAACGUGUACAGAAUAUAGAAGUAUCAUUAACCGAUAUUAGGAAUGGAAAUAUGUAUCCACCAUUAGCAAUUGUACCUGUUUAUAUUGUUGGAGUAUUAGCUCCUUUGAAGGAUGAAGAUCUGGCAAAAGUGCUGCAGCGGUUUGUAUGUGCCCUGCCAACAUGUGGAGCUCCCUUAACAUGUCUGGAAAUGAGUGUGCAUCUGCUAUGCGUGGGUGUCGGUGGAGAUGGGGGUCACUGCCGUGAUGAUGUUCUGGGAGCACUAUGGGAGGCAGUCGUACACCCUAGAGCUGCAGUAAGACGUGCAGCUGCUGCACUGUUUGCAGUAACUGUGCCAGCCAUUGGCGAGAAGCUGGUGGCUGCACGUGUUGUGCCAGCCCUUGUGACGCUGGGAAAUGACCAAGAUUUGGGAGUCAGGACUGCUACUAUUCCGGCUUGUGGAAAAGUUAUAACCAGUAUAGCAAUUAAGGAGAUCCAUGCCAAGGUAUAUCUCCAACUUCAGAGUAUAAUGGCAGAUGCAGGAACAAGAGAUAAUCACAGUUCACUGAUACAGCUUGUAAAAACAAUGGGUUCCAUUGUUACUGCAUGUGAACCAGCAUUUCGAGAUGAUGUAAUUUUGCCACAGUUAGCUGGAACCGCAGCUUUUGCUUCGCAACUGUCAAACGCAACUCGUCGUGUGGACUUGGCUAAGGCCCUAAUUGAAGCUUUUUCAUCUGCAGUGUCUUGCCCAUUGUCUAAACAGGCCAUAAGUACAGCUUUAUUACCAGGAUUGAGGUACCUGGAACCUAUCACUAAUACAGCCCUGUAUACGCAUCAUGAAACAGUUAUGGCAAUGAUACGAGGUGCAGAAUCACGUCUGGAUUCUCAAAGGCCCAUUGACAGGUCCAGUACCUUAAGCUUGGCAGUAGCAACUGCAAACAUGGGCCAAGGCAUGGAGGAUAUGAAAAAUCGUGUGUCAAAAAUAUUUCAGAAUAAACCUACAACCAACCGAGCAGCUAAUAUACCCAACUUGCAAGGCAUUUUUCGUAAAAAGUGAAAGCUGUCAAG